GUGACGUCGUAAGUGAGACGCUCGCCUCUGUAACACACUUUUGUCCAUAUAUUAGCUUUGCUUAUUGGGCAUUCUCCAAAUAGCUAGAGGCGAUUACAAUACGCACCUCGUCUGCUGACACUUCAUCUGCUGGGUUCUGGAUCGUAUGACUGAUCGUUUCUGUCACAUCCCUGUAAGUAAAACAGGCUUUUAUGACAGAUUUCACAUGUCGUCUGCUUGAGAGGCGCGUGCUUGUUGCAGAAACCUCACGUGCGUUCCAGUCUCUUCCUCUCAAACGUUCAACCGUUCCGAUCAAUGGGAUACUUGUUCAUAUUAGUCGAGUAGGCACUCCGUCAACUACGCUAAAUAAUGGCUAACCGACUGACGUUGAUCGGGAUGGGAGUGCUACUCUUGACCAUGGCUGUGUACUUCACAUCAGGCGCCCCGGCCACUCACACCAUGCAAUCUACCUCCGUAAUUAGGCAUCCAAGAGCUGUUGGUGCUUCCCCUCAGAAUUCCAUUCCUGUUGUUACUACUUCUACCUCAACAACUCCCUCCCUUCCUCAGGACGCACCGGAAACCACAAAGAAAUCCACAACUGUUCGUGUCACCAGGUCGACGUUGCGGCCAACAUCGACUUUUGAUCCAGGUUGCAUGCACAGGCCUCAUCCAACAAAUCCAAGACUGUUUGAAAUAGCACGGACACCUAAUCACUUCGAAGGCGAGUACCAGUCGUGCGCCUCCACGUUAGUAUGGAACCAAGCGAAUUGUGCUUGUGACUGGCCGACGGUCGUGUCCCUGAAGGAUCUUAUGUGUGGGGAGUACCGCAAACAUCCCGACUCAAAACGACCAUGGAUGUACCAAAGGCUUGUCAACAGAGAAUGGAUAGAUUACUCUUGCAGUGUGUUUAUCAGGGGGCUCUUCUCAGAACAAACGUGUAAAUGCAACUACGGACCAAGCAUUGAAAGCCAGACCACAAUACAAAUUCCCAAAACGGACCCAGUACCGAAACAGAUAUCCAAGUGUGUUGUUGUUGCAAACAUUACGAUGGACAUACGUGUCAAAGACGACAGCGGGGGUCAUUUGACACUAUCCAGGAACUCUCACAUUCGGAUUACAAACAGAAUUAACGGAUCAAAGGGUGGAUCAGCCCUUAUACGCAGGUCACCAAUCGAAGUAGAGUCGUUCUAUGCAAACGAUCUCACUGACACUGUGCGAUUUGCAUUUAAUUUUAAGAUACACAGAUUCAGCAUAAACUCGAGACGUCACAUGGUCCUUGUGAGCAAUGGAUGCUGGUCUACGUCAACGUCUAUGAGGUAUAAGAUAAGACCGUCAGUGGAGAUCCGCUUCAGGCCUUUCGACCAGACAUUCGGGAUUUCAUUUGAAACAAUUGGAAAUCGAGUCAUCAAAAAUAUUAGAGGAAAUAGAGACAGGAAUGGCUGGUACAAAGUCGUGAUAUACCUACAGGAUAAUACCCUUAAGUUACUAGUCAACAACAAAACAGUCUUCACUAGAACGGGAAUGAUAGGUGCCCUUCGGAAGCGUGACUGUAAAUUGACGAUUGCUGGUUCCCCCUAUCAAGCGAUGGACCAUUUUGAUGGAUAUUUUGACGAGUUUCUCAGUGUCAAGCAAUGUAGAUGCGAUUGUAUGAAUAGCCCUUCAAAGAAUUUACCAAACUGACAUUUAUUGGAGGAAAACUUUGCAGCAGCAUACAGCUCUGAAAGAUCAUUGAAGUAGCUAGUGCACCUCAAAUACCGUUCACACACGAAUGUCCACAGUUCGCCAUAUCAUUCAUCGGCAAAUACCGAUAACAUCCGGGUGAUCUUAGCUAGCUGUGCCAUACAUCGGCCGACAUAGCUUCCAUCGGAUGUCCACAGCUAGGCAUCGCAAAUAUCGACAAAGACCAGUUACAUUUUGGCGCUCUCAGCUAGCUUACAUUUAAAGUAUGUUAACAUCAAGUUAUACUGAGCCAGCUUCAACCUACAUCGGCAAAUACUGUUUAUACCCGGUGUUCACAACUGACCAUGAUACACAACACACGAUUUCAGAGAAACGCUUUUGUCCGGAUAUUCACAAAUCCUAGGAAAUGAGAUUUGACCUUUUGGCAUGUUUGGUGUGUUGGCAGAAGAUCAGAAUAUUCAUCUUGGCAAGAAUGCAAGAGACAGAGGGAACAGUUUUGUAUUGCAGUUGGAUAAGUUACAACGAAUUAUCAAUAACUGCUAUUGUUUCCCCAACAGGAAACAACAGUUGGGAAUGAACCGAUAACCUCGGUUUCAACAAUGAUACCUAAGAUGCACAAUAGUUAGUGCCAAUAAUACUCGAAAAAUCUACAUUCAUAUAUUUAUAUAUGCAUAUAUUUAUUUAUAUUUUAGCGAUAUGUCAACAGCAUCAGAUUGAUAUCAGCUUUUAUACAACUCACGAUUCAUAAAAACAGAACAUUUAUGUGCAACGGACUUGGUCAACUGAUGUAUUAAUGCGAACAUUUAGGUUAUGUUUUGGUUUCACAUGAAUUAUGUAACAAAUGCUAAGCUGAUACGCCAGAGAUGAAUACGUAUGGAGUUUUUCUGACGGUUCUGAUUGCAGGGCUGUGAUAUUUGACAGCACUGGGUCCUCGGAACUAUCGAGGCGAUAAACCACAAUCCGGGUCAGGUGAAUGUCAUUCAAUUGUGGUGACCAGGUCAAUUAACAAGACAGAAUACAUGAAUGAAGUAUGCUAAUUACAAAUUUGAAUAUUUUCAAAUGAUAUAUAACUUUCAUUCCACUUAGACGACAUUUAUAUUGCUUACAGGAGACAAUUAAUGUUUGGCUAGAAUAUUGUCACUAAUUUUAAUUUAUUUUUUCAAGUUUAAUGAAAAUGAUUUACUAUAAAUUAUUCAAAUCAUGCAUAUGUCAAUAAAUCACCAAUGACAACACACAAAACGUACUUUCAUAAGGGACUUGUCCUAAUUUAUAUCAAUAUGAAAUAUAUUACAAUAGAUGCAACCAAUUAAGUAGGUUCCUAUUAACACAUAUUUUAUAACUAUGGCACUGGAGUAUUAUUACUGACAUCAUAUCAACAAAGUUCGACAGAACGUUCAGUUAUAUAGGUGAUGAGUUCACAAGACGCCUUGUUUUAAAAAAAAACCACUGAUAUACUGUGCGUGAUGUAAGGGGACAGAAGCCUUACUUUUCCAUUGAUGAGAUGAUGUAUUUAUUUAGCUAAUCAUAUAUUAAGUAAUUGACUUAUAUUUAUCUGAAAAUCGCAUGUGCCAAGAAUAUAAAAUCUUCAUGAUCGUUCAUUAACACAUCGAUUAAUUCAUUGUUCAUAGUGAAGAAUAAACCAUGCAAUAAGCUCUGAAGCACUGUAAGGUAUCGGACCGAAAGUGUUGAGGUAUGCAGUACCAUUUCAGAAGGAAUUCGCAAUAGCAGAUUACGUUUUAAAGUCCCAUAUCUGUUUCGUUGUUUUUUUAUAUUUAUCUGGUAUAUGUUUAUAGUUUAUGUCAUUGUCAGCAUUAUGUGAAUAUUAAAUUACUCUGAUCUUAAAAUGAAAAUGAUGUAUAAUAUAUGAAUGGUCAUCGUUUAUAGUAUGUUUGUCUAUAUUAUAAUAUUGAGAAAAUCUUUAACGACGUGAAUAUGCUCUGACAGCUUUUUACGGAAAUGUUUUGUUGAUUAUAAUAUGCCACGAUUUUAUAGUAUAUCAAUUACUACUUAAUAUAUGUAAUACCUCAAGUUCAAAGUAUACCAUACUUAUGUUUUGUUUUAAGAUUGUGUGAGAUGGAGGUGUAUGGCUAAUGGCCGUGUACAAACAUCUACCCAUUGAUUAUUAAACUUAAUAAACUAAUAAACCAUAAUUAUAUUGUUAAUUUAUAUUUUGCAUACAAGAAAAGUUGGUAUUGUGUAAAUGCCAUAAUGUACCAUUAUUUAGGUUGUAUACAGAAACCUUAUUAUUAGAAAAGUCAGUAAAAUCCUGUAUAGAAUAUACAGUAUAUAUAUAUACAUAUUAAAUUACAAGGGACAAAACUCCAUCAAAUGAAUGUCAGGAUGUGGCAAGUGUGAAAACUGACACAUCAUUGUUUUAAUAAGGUCUAUCUUCAUUUAUACUAAUGUAAUGACCGAUCAAUUUAUACCAAUGUUAUGACCAAUCAAAUUAUACCAAUGUAAUGACAAACAGAUUAAGUCCAAUGGAAUGGAAAAUAAAAAUUUACAAAUGUAACGACCAAUUAAUUUAGUCUAAUCGUAUGACCAAUUAAUUUAGUCUAAUGUAAUGACCAAUUAAUUUAUUCCAAUGUAAUGACCAAUUAAUUUAUACCAAUGUAAUGACCAAUCAAUUUAUAACCAUGAAAUGACCGAUUGCUUUAUACCAAUGUAAUGACCAAUUUCUUUAGUCUAAUGUAAUGACCGAAUUAUUUAGUCUAGUGUUACAUGCCAUCAUCCCUGCUAUUACAGUUGAUAACCCAAUGUCAUUUUUACAUAUAGUGGAUCAUUAAAUAAAUGCAUCCAUUUAUAAGUAAAGCUACUUGCUGUUUUUUCCAAGAAGUCACCGAUCUACACUUAAGAUCUGGUCGUCGUCGUGAACUGUUUUUAAACUCUGGGAUCUCGGCAUCGGCUAUGGUUAAAGACAAAUGUAUUAAAGUUUCCUAAAUUGUCGUUGGUGAUCUACAUGUUUCUCUGCAAAUAUCAUAGGUGUUACAUGUGUCAUUUCUUUCAAUAUGGUGUCAUGUCGGAUCCUCCUAUUGUCUUUUUAUUUGACUUUUAACUAGAUUCUUUGUGUUGACGCUUUUUUACUCUUAUUUAUUUCAGAAAUAUAAGAAUAUUUAUUGAUAAGUUUGCAAAUUGGUAUAUUUAUCAAAAGCAUGAUAAAACGUAAGGGGGAGAAGGAAUAGUAAGAAGAAGGAAGAAAAAAAGAAGAAAGAGAAAAAUAAUGCAAUAAAGCAUGGAUAAAUCCAAAGAAUCGUUCAGUACAAAGUAUAUGUUCUGGUAUAAGGGUCUGCUAAUUAAGUUGAAUAUGACUGACUUUAUAGUCUAUGGAUUCCAGUGGCCUGUCUAUAUAGACAGGACUGUAAGUUAUUACCUGGCUGACAGUCGGUCAUUGAUUGUUGUUCUGAUAAAAGAUUUAAACAUAAUUAGACCUCAAACAAUCUAGCCAACUUGACAGAUUUAUAGCGGCAAAUGUACGCCGUUAAUAGUUUUAUUGUGAUAAGAAUAUUGAUUGAAGAUGAUAUUUCGUACAACUGACACGCUACGUGAAGGAAUGUAGUAAAAAUCUAUUUAUACCAGGGAGUGUACAACUAAUGCCACACCUAUCUUAUAGACAAAAGACACUCUUUGUGCAACGGAUCACACUGAGUGAAGACAAAUUAAUUGGAUAUCAAUUAAUUGUGAAAAAACGUAAAAGACAACACACUCCGUCAUAACACAUGACACCUGUAGCACGGAAUUGUAAAUUAUGUCAGAGGCAGACGUUUUCUACCGAUCGAUCAUAUUAAAAUGUCCUGUCAAUCACCAAAGAUUCAGAUUCUUUGAGAAUCUGUGUUGAUUGUAUCACGUGUUACACACAGUUUGCUUCGGAUGUUUUUAAUGGAUAAUGCGUUUUGUAUAUGACUUUCUUGCCAUAUUUCAGAUUACGGAACAUCUGAAAUAGAAAUAUGUGCCACAACAAGUUUUUAUUUAAAUCAUUUGAUUCUUGAUCACCUUUAAAACCGUUUUUAUUCUUUUUUAAGUUAUGUAAUUAUCAUCCUCUUAAAAUACUGCAUUAUCUUUGGAUUUUCUCAUAUUAUUUUUAUUUUUCUAAAUGACAUUUUUAAUGGGCUAUGUCUGGUAACCAACGACGACGCAUUUUGUCUCAUAUGUUCUUAUGUCUGAAGGCUCUUACUUCUGCGCCAAAUUGUUUCGUAUUCUUCAUUAAUGGAUGGAAUGUGCGUAAAGCUAGGACAAAUAUCGUAUAUAUCAUGUCUUUGGAAUUUGUUUUAUUAAAGUUGAUAAGAAAAACACGUAUUCGCCUUCUCUUCGAAGCGAUUUUACUAUUUAUUCUGUUGUCAGAUGCAGGACUUUUAUUCGUGUAUGUUAUCAGAGUUUUCUAAACUGGAGACACUUUGAAGUAUUAAUCAUCUAUUCUAUUUUGUUUUAUUUUGCUGGUAAUCUCCUUUUUUUAAAUGAAGAUAUAUACGCUAAGGCUUAGGUCUUGUGUGGUCCUUUUACUGUUAUGACGUUUUUCCAAUUAUGAAGCAGGAAACACUUUUCCGCAAAUUAUUCACUCUUCUGGUGUUUUAGAUGGUUUAUUUAAUACUUGCAUUUGUUGAUUUUGAUUAUCGUCUUUAAGGUCCAAUUGUUUUCCUUGUCUGUCGUAAAUCAAUUUUAUGCAUGUUUCGACGUAAUGAUCUGGCUUUCCCUCCAAUUUUGCAACAGAUAGAUGAUUUUCUAUAGGUAAAAUCAUCUAGCAAAUAUAAUGUUAAAAUAGCCUGCUGGUGAUUUUCCUAGCCCCCAAGGCGUGCCGUAACGUUGAUAGCCACAAUAAUCUCUUUAGAGAAGUGAUAUGGUUCACAAUAUACGCUCUUUACUUAUUAUUAAUUUGAAAAUAACGUAUCCCCCUGUAGUUUUAAAAUUAAUCUAAUAAUUUAUGCACCUCCUAUUCUGGUUUCAAUUGUAGUUAACAACAUUUUGGAUAUUUGCCUUUAUGGCCCCUAGCAUUACCCAUUGGGCCUAGAACGAUAAAACAGCUGAAUGAUGAUGUGUAAUUAAAUUUUGGCAUACUUUAUUAUUAUUAUCAAAUUUUAAUAGGACAAUCACACGUUCUUCUCUUACGGUCAUCUUUGAUGACAAUUGUAUAAUUUAUAUGUUUUAAGAAUUCUCUAAUGAAAAUGUAUAAACCCAAAUUGUGGAAAUGAAAAGACACGGAUUGUACACCGGUAUAGCGAUCUAUUCAUGGUAAACAACACAACUUCAUCAACAGCAAAAACAUUCAUGAACCUACAUAUAAAAGGCAAGGAAAUAAUGACCGAAGGAUGAUUUCCUAUAUUCUUCAAUGGGGAGGAAAAUAGAGGUCACAGUAACCUUAUUAUGAAGGACGACAAAAAUUCAUAGAUACACGUAAUUGAAAGCACAUAGCCUUAUCUAAAAGUGUAGCAGAAGAUUUGUCAAAUUUCAUUUGAAUAUAAGGGAACUAUGGUUCGGAACCACACGGACAACAUGAACAAAACAUACACCCCUUUUUCAAGCGGGGUUAUAAAUAAUGUCUAUGCAUCAUAAAUUGUGUAACUAGCAGCGAAUAUAAUUUAUCAUUUCUCUCAUUUAUAAAAAAAAUCUGAUUUACUUCUGUCAAUGACGUAUGCUGUAUCACUUCUGUCAAUGAGGUAUGCUGUAUUACUUCUGUCAAUGAGGUAUGCUGUAUUACUUCUGUCAAUGAGGUAUGCUGUAUCACUUCUGUCAAUGAGAUAUGCUGUAUUACUUCUGUCAAUGAAGUAUAAUGUAUUACUGCUGUAACUGAGGUAUGCUGUAUUGUUUUUUGUCAAUGUGCAAUGAUAUAUUACUCUGUCAAUGAGGCGUGUUGUAUUACUUAUGAGAAUUAGGUGUGCUGUAUUACUUCUGUCAAUGAGGUAUACGGUAUUCCUUCUGUCAAUGAUGUAUGAUGUAUUACUCUGUCAAUGAGGUGUGCUGUAUUACUUCUGUCAAUUAGGUGUGCUGUAUUCCUUCUGUCAAUGAGGUAUACUUCUUCCUAGGACGCGGACGAAAGUGAUGUUUACAUG